GAAAGAUCCCAUUUCAUGGCUAGGCGCAAGUCACGUGCCAAAAUACUUUGCUCACCAGAAGGGUGGUCACUAUUUUCCACGCAUUCCUCCUACACAAGAUGUCAAAAAACAACGCAAGAGACUACGUUGACGCAUAUGUAAAGGAUAUCAAGAAUGAUACGCAGGAUUUUUUGAAAGAGAAUCAACCUUCAUUUGAUCCCAAAAAAGCUGCAUCGCUUCCUGCAGCACCACUGCCACCUUCGUCCUCAGCUGACACCAGCAAUUCAACCCCUAAAAGUCAUGCUGGAUUACAUAUUCCCACCCAUGAUCCCAAAUUCUCGUCGUCUGAGCCAGCUUCUGGCCAAGAAGCACCAACAAAGCCCCAAGAAGAGCCAAAGGUAGUAUGGGCCGUUCGAGAUUUCAUUGAUCAGAAACGCGCCAUUCACGACACUGCCCUCGAUAAUUGCGCCGACCUUCACUCUGAUCUUCUCACGUGCUUCAAGGACGGAAGUUGGUGGGAUAAGGCAAAGAUGUGUGAAAAACAAAAGCAACGGUUCUGGAAAUGUUUCCAUGAACAAAAAGGGUUCCUUAAGGAAAAUAAUUUCAACAGCCCUGUUAGCACGGAUGAAGAGGAUGCUACUAUUUUACGAAAGGCAGCAGGUCUGGCAGCGAAUCAGAAGAAAGAUUAUGACCAGCAGGACAACCAACCAUGAAGUGCAUGCAUGCUAUAGGCUGCUGUUACGCAAAAGAUACAAACAAAAAAAGAAGAGGCAAAAAUAUAACAACAACAAUAGACUUGCGUUAGACGACUUGUUAAAAAGUGGUUGGGACACAACACUGUAUAGUAGUAUCAUUAGAUUCCCAUUUCCCUUCACCAGUUUUGUUAAAUACAAUAAUCAUAUAAAUAAAAGCAUAGGUUUGAACGAAUAGGAUAA